AAAUUCCAAAACAUUACAGAUUCCGGUGGAAAUUGAUGGUGAAUUUGGUAGUACUGUUUCUUUCAGCCGAGUCCUUCCUCACGAUUUUGUUCGUAGGUACCAAAUAACCAUGAAGCGCCCACAAUAUAGCGACCAUCUGAAAACAAGAAAAAUAAUACUACCUAAAGGUGAUUGUGAACAUGUAGGUAUGCACUUAGUGCCGGGUUACAUGGGAUGCGGAUACGUGCGAUUUUUUAGUCACGCGAUGUCGGACGUAAAAACAAACUCACUAAUUUAAAGGUGUGCGGAUAUAUUCAUUGCGUUUUUGUCGGAUGUUACCGUACGAUGUCGGCCGAUCAGGCGAAAAGAACCAACACGUUUGUUUUUCUAGCCGUAAUCGUACGAUUAUCAACUGUCUCCUGUGGCACAUUCAGUAAUAAUUGAGAUUUUGUUAAAAGAUUAGAUUAAAAUGGAUUUAGAAAAGUUAAUUUUGUGUGUUCAAUUGAGGAUUGUGGGAUCAAACAUGCAAAGACUACCAUAAUAGAGUUUUCGUAAAAAAUGGAUGGGAAGAGGUAGCAAAGGAAAUGGAAGAAACAAGCGGUGCGGUAAGAGGCAAACGGAGAAAUUUGCGGGAUACAAUUCGCAGAGAAUUUGCAAAAACACAAAGUGGUCGAUCUGGAGAUGGAGGUAUACAUUAAGUGCAAGACCAUCAACUGCAAAUAUUCUAAGUGAUGAAGGACAACAUUUGGAUGAUAAUGAAAAUAGUGAAAAAGUUCUCAAUGAAAGUCAGUUUGAUCGAGAUGAAACCACACAACAAGACGAAAUAGAAAAUAGUGCUGGUUUUCGAACUCCUGCUAGAGAGAAACUCGUAUAGGAAUAUCGCAGUAAUCUACAACAGAAAAGAAAAGAGUCUACAGAUGUGUAUGAGCGGCUUAUCAAAAUAGAACAAAAAAAAUUAGAAACGUAUGCAACAAAGAAUGCCCUUAUUAACGAUAGUAAUUAUCAUUUCUUGAUGAGCAUACACUGAGAGAAAUGAGACUGUUAUAUUAAGAAUUAUAAAAACAUUACAAAAAAAUAGUUAAAGCAAGCAAUAAAAUG